AUGUUAGAUCUACAGUGUGUGGUUCAUUACGGAUGCUCACAGUUUGUUGGAAAAAUUGAAGGAACGUUUUUGCAUACGAAACAAGGUUUGUGUUCAUCAUCCUCGAACACAGACUGCUUCCUGCCGACAAGACGAACAGCCCCUAUUAUUGAUGCGGAUCCAUCGCCUGAUUUGGCGCAAGCAUACGUAAGUGUGAUCCGAGAAGAACAUAGACUUCUCAAUGCCAAGGAACGAGAAGCUCAGGGUGAUGAGGUUGGAGUUCCUUCUCGGGUGAUUCGUCGUUGGAGACUGUGCAGCAACAGCUCCCGACCUGGAAUCCUAAAAACAAGAACAAAGAGCUUUGCAGUCUUCUAUGUUCUCACUGUGGGAAAACAGGACACGAAAAAGUAG